AUUUUAGCAGAUACUAAUCCAGACACAUUAAAAUCUAAAAAAUCUGAAUUGAGAUUAUAUUGUGAUUUAUUGAUGCAACAAGUACAUGUAGUUAAAACUGCGACUAUCAAUGAAAAUGGUCCUCAAAUUGCUAAAAUAGAUGAAGCUACUAGCCUAUUAACAGCAACUUGUGAUACGUUUAUAAAAACGCUUGAGGAUUGCAUGAAAUUAGCCAGUGCAAAUGUACUUUAUGAAUUGUCGCCAAAUAACGACUUGACAUUACCUCCAACACCAGUUAAUCUUAAUCCACCUAUAAAAAAGACAAAAAAUGUAUCCCGUUUGAAUUCGAACGAUUCUCAAUAAAAAUGUGUUUAUUGUUACUUCGUCCAUUGAGAGUUCCUGAGGUAAAAUUUUUAUUUGAUUUACAUUAACAUAAGUUGUAAUUAAUUAUAAUUGAUUUGAUGUACGAAACGGUUGUUUAUUGAUAAUUUAUCUAUGUGUUUUAUUAUUAUUUUAUUUCUUUUUACCUUUAAUUAUUUGUGAUUGUGAUAGGUGUUACUUAAAUAUACUUAUUAUUGGAAAAUAUUAAUGAAAAGAAUGUCCUUUUAUGUAGGCAUCUUCCAAGUUAUAACAAAAAAUAUAUGUGAUAUUUUAGUAA